AGGCAUGCUCAUGUACUCUCUGCACCCCAUCGGCUUCUAGUCAUACCGCAGUUUUAUGGGUACGGUGCAUAUUGUGUUUUCCGUGAUGCACGGAGCCGAGAUGCUGAUAUGAUCGAUUUUUCUAUGAAUGCAGGUUUCCGACUAUAAACGUUUUCUGUAGAAGUGGAGCUGGUAUGUGAACGUUGCUGUUCGACUGCUUUUUUUCAUUAAGAUAAGAUUAAAUUCUAAAUCUUCGCAUUAAUGCUGUUUUAACUGGCUCCGCUUUCCCAUUUGCUAUAUUAACACAUGCGCCUUGGUGCAUGCAGUAAGCAAAAAAAUCCAUUGUUAACGGAGCAGAAAUUGAUUUAAAAAUUGGUAUUCAGCCAUGACUUCGUAUUUUUCUUGUGGCGUCCGGCGUGGUCAGUUCAACUUGGGCAAUACCGUUCUGGUGAAUUUAACCCGUGCUGACGAAUAUCUGCUGGGAUAUCUCCAGGACAUCAAUGCCGACCAGGUGUUCAUUGAUUUCGACAGCGAGCGCAUCGCACCGCAGUGGGUCCCGAUGCAGCGCGUCUGGCAUCACGAUAAACCGAGCCUUAUAGCGGAACUUCCCUGUGACGUCCAUGUGGCCGUCCGUCGGGAAGCGGGCGGACCGUACAUCUUCGGCCCGGCAAAGUUACUGUGCAGUUGCAGUUCUUACGACCAGUUUCUCUGUUGCGUGUCGUUGGAGCAUGCUUCUUCUACGUCCGAGAAACCCAGCAUUCGUAUCGUGCAUUCUUGGCAGCUUAUUCACAGACUGCCCAGUAAUUGGCGACCGGACAGAAUUUGCCGGUUGCCUAUAAAAAAAGUGGUGUAUGGUUCCGACCAGCCACAUUCAAUCAGGGAUAUCCAAGAACGGCAUAUUGAGCGGAUACUGGAUGUGGGAUUUCGCCACGGGAAUCGCCCACGGGAUCAGGGUCGUGAUCGCGUAUUCGUUCGGGUUACGGCAAAGAAAUUUAUGUUCCUGAUUAUGCGUAUUCAGUGCUGUUGUCCGUCUAGUAAGACUCGGGAAUGCCUGCAGUCCAGCUGUUGGUUGACAAGCACCACGAGAAAAGUUGCCGCCGGGAUUGAGCACUGUUUGUAUAAUCUUUCGCGUAGGCUUAACCAGACGCAUAUGCUCAACCUGUGCUACGGUCAACGGCAACCGGUCAUCCGUGUUUUACCUCCGCCUUCUGCCGGGAAAAAGGAGCUUGCACUUUUUAAUCUACUGCCGGAGAUUCUGUCCAUAGUCAUCUGUUACUUGGAUAUUGUUUCACAAGGAAAAUUAAAACGAGUGUGCAGUGUAUGGAACGCUGUAAUUUGUGACCGGGCAUUUUCCACCUGCAUUACAAUUGAUUUCUCCACACUUAGUCGACAGAUACUACGGCGCGCGGAGACAGAAGGCUACCAUAUCGCACUCCUGCUCCAUCGAUUUGUUAAUGCUAAAACAAAAACGUUAGCAUUAAUAAACAUGGAUUACCGGACGGAAUGCAAUAAUCCCGUUAUUUCGCUCGUUGCCAAUUGGCUCAUUAUAGCAAGGAUUAUUCUCCCUCUGAUUAUUGUCAAGAAUUGCCGGAUAACUAUUGUAAAAGCACCGUAUGGAAUAUACACCGACUACACUUUGGGUCUCGCCAGAAGCGAACAGCGAAAGAUCGAUUUUCGGCCGCUCCAACUGAAACAAGCCUGCCGCCGUGUGGUAGUACUGAAUGCAGAGAUAAACUGCGGGGCAUGGACAGGCGUGGUAUUCCCACAUCGAGCGCGAAAGCGUAUUAAACUGAAGGAGUGGACCAACCUAAUUAUUUCGGUACCGAAGCUGCAGUUUCGUCAGAGCCAGAGCGAUGCGGAUGUCAUUAUGCAGUUGAAACAUGCGCUGGAGCGAAACUGCUAUGGGGUUACUCCUUUCGUAAAGAAUCGAAUCAAGGCAGUGCACGCCGGCUGGGUCAGACAGUACCCGUAUCAUGGAACCUAUCCUGCAAAUGAAUGGUAUGGACUCCACGAACUGCUGAAGCUCUUUGGUGCCUAUUCAACAGCGUCAGGUGUGGAAUUUUGUAACGAUUCGGAUCAUCAGGACUAUGCAGAAUUUUUUAGAGGCUUAGAUUUGAGGGAUUUCGAAAAACUUCCCAUGGGAAAUAUCGUAUAUACGAUACUUGCGUGCGGUCACCUUCGGCUUUUCCGACGCAUAAAUGGAUAUCAUCCUCCCCUUUUAAUCUUUUGAAUUUAAUGUCGAUCUGCAAGAAUAUUUUGCUUUACUGUGAAGAAAAUAAAAACUGUGCCUCUUGCAAAGUUUCACAGACCUGAUGUACAACUUUCUUCUACCAUUCACGUGCUUGGAUCCUUUAAAGUCAUCAUACGUGUCUACGGAGAAAACUAUUCUCAACAUUACGGGCUGCCAACCGCCCAGAUAGGUGUAUACAGAUAGGUGGUUGAGGCAUU